UUGUGUUGACCACCUUUACUUUUCACCGGAUGACGUGCCACUGUAGCAUUUCAUUCACGCUACCAUUUUCAUACUUAGCUUUAGUUAGCCAGAGAUGCUAGCCACAUUAUGUUAGCAGUCAGUUUCUUGAUACUAUGAUUUAGCUAAUUAUGAAUACAAAAGUGACGUGGUUUAAGAGUGACUAUUAGGCACAUAUCUGGACUUUUAUACUUCAGUGUUUGAGAGGAGACCCCCUUGUCAUGUUUGGGAGAGAGGCGAAGGUCAGGCGCGCGGGCUGUCAACAAUGUCUGGCUGAAGACAUCUGCUGGGUACCCAGCGUUCUCGUAUGACAUAGUCCUGGUGAAGAUAAAGCUAAAUCAUGCCCGGGAAGCUGAAAGCUAAGAUUGUGGCUGGGCGCCACUUACCUGUCAUGGACAGAGCCAGCGACCUCACUGAUGCCUUCGUAGAGGUCAAGUUUGGUAAUACCACUUUCAAAACGGAUGUCUUUCCCAAGUCUCUCAACCCACAGUGGAACUCAGAGUGGUUUAAAUUUGAGGUUGAUGACGAGGAUCUGCAGGAUGAGCCUUUACAGAUCACAGUGUUGGACCAUGACACUUACAGUGCCAAUGAUGCAAUAGGGAAGGUAUACAUUGACAUCGACCCUCUGCUGUGCAGCGAGGCUGCUACCCGCAUCUGUGGAUGGUUCCCCAUCUAUGACACUAUACACGGUAUCAGAGGAGAGAUCAAUGUUCUGGUGAAAGUUGACCUCUUCAAUGACCUGAACUCUUUCAGGCAGUCCUCUUGCGGGGUCAAGUUCUUCUGCACGACGUCAAUCCCGAGGUGUUACCGAGCAGCACUGGUGCAUGGCUUUGUUGAGGAGCUGGUGGUAAACGAAGACCCAGAGUACCAAUGGAUUGACCGCAUCAGAACACCCAGGGCUUCUAAUGAGGCCCGUCAGAGGCUCAUCUCCCUCAUGUCGGGCGAGCUGCAGAGGAAGAUCGGUUUGAAGGUAUUGGAGAUGGGAGGUAAUGCCGUGGUGGGCUACCUGCAGUGCUUUGAUCUAGAGGGAGAGUCGGGUCUGGUGGUCCGAGCCAUUGGUACCGCCUGCACUCUGGACAAACUAACCCCUGGGACAGCACCCAACACCAACACACACUCGAACACCGCCCCUGCAUCCAACGCCUGCAACUCUCCCUCCAAGGACAGCAAAGAGCCCGUGUUCAGUGAGGACCCCCCCCCCCCCUUCUCCGGCCCUCCCACACCUUUCAGAACGCUCCCCUCCUCUUCCCCUCCUCCCUUCUCUCCAUCCAAGCCAUGCAGUCGCCAGUCCUCCUCCUCAGACACAGACCUCAGUCUGACGCCCAAGAUGGGGAUGGGGAGCGGGGGAAGCGCUGGGAAAGAGGCAGGGCCUCUGAAGACCCUUCUCAGACAGCACACCCAAUCAGCUCUGGAGCAGAGGGAGUUCCCCUUCUUCACAUUGACCUGUUUUCCCCCCGGCUUCCUUGUUCACGUUGGGGGAGUGGUCAGUGCCCGCUCAGUCAAACUCCUCGACCGCAUACACAACCCCGAUGAGCCGGAGACCAGGGAUGCGUGGUGGGAAGAGAUUCGUCAAGAGAUCAAGUCUCAUGCGAAAGCCCUGGGCUGCCACGCUGUGGUGGGGUACAGCGAGAGCACCAGCAUCUGUGAGGAGGUGUGUAUCCUGUCUGCUUCGGGCACGGCGGCCAUGUUGAAUCCCAGGUUCAUGCGUGAGGGCUGCCUGGACGCUGGUGGCAGUGACCACAGGUUGUCACGACAACCGCCUCUCAACGUGGUGGGGUCGGAGAGGAUCGAGGGGGACGCUAGCUCAGCCUGGUUUGGGUUUGAGGAUGCUUCUCCUCCUAGCUGUGGGUUUUGUCACAUCCCGUAUGAUGAGUUCAACAUGCCGUUCCCAGCUCAACUUACUUACUGCUACCGCUGUAGGAGACAGAAGGUCCCUGACGUGCUCUUCACUACUAUAGACCUACCAGCUGAGGCUGCUGUUACUGGGAAGGGCUGCCUCAUACAGGCCAGGUUGUGUCGUACAAAGAAGAAGGCCCAAGGGGAGGUGAAUGCUACAGCCAUCUCUAACCUCCUCCCCUUCAUGGAGUAUGAGCUCCACACCCAGCUGAUGAACAAACUGAAGCUGCGCUCCAUGAAUGCUCUGUUUGGACUCCGCAUUCAGAUCAGUGUGGGUGAAAACAUGCUCCUGGGACUAGCUUCUGCAACAGGUGUGUACUUGUCAGCCCUGCCAGCUCCAGGUGGCAUCCAGGUAGCUGGCAAGACACCCAGUGACCUGAAUUACGACCAACACAUCGCCACCAUGCAGAAACGAAUUAAUGACACCAUCACUAAAAACAAGGAGCUCUACAACAUACACCCACCGGAGAGUACAGAGGAACUGGUGGGGUCUCCCAUCCCUGACAGACAGCGGUCCAGACUCUUCAGGUCCACCUCCGAGAGUUCUGAUGAGCUUUUAGAACUGGACCUGUCUCACGGCAAGAAAGAUGCCUUUGUACUGGAGAUUGAUGACACUGAUGCUGUAGAGGACAUCCAGUCCCUCCUUACUGAUGCUCCCAUGCCUGCAGGGUUCUACAGCUGUAACACAGAGGUCAUGCCUGGGAUUUACAACUGGACUUCAGGGCUACAGAUGUUUACAUCUGUCAGGGUCUACAGACUCAGUAAUGCCAAUCUGACCAACCAGGGCCUCAACAAGAUCUUCACUGAGCUCUGUGAGAACUUGCUCAAAAGUCUCUACUUUAAACUGCGUUCAAUGAUCCCCUGCUGUCUAUGCCAUGUCAACUUUACGGUAGCUGUACCAGAAGAAGAACUCAUACAGGUGGCUGUGACAGCAGUGGCUAUGAGUUUUGACAAGGACACCCAGCAGGCAGCAGACAAGGCUCUCAACAAGGGGAGUGGUGAAAAUGAGGACCAGCUCCAGUUUUCUAUGGAGCUAUGUGCAGACUCAACACCCUCGAACAACCAGCCUACAUCCAAACCUUCAGGUGUUUCAGAGAGUGCCCUGGUCCCUUCCUCGUCUCGAGACAGAUGCAGUACCUGGCUAGAGCUGCUUAGGCUGAAAGCUCACACCAUAAGACGAGGAUCAGUUAAGACAAUCUCGUCUGCAGAGCGAUGCAGUCCUCUCCCAGAAGGGCGGUCCCGGUCACUACGCUCCACCAGGUCGAUGCCAUGUGGUGCUCCGGUAGCAGUAGUGAAGAUGACCCCUCUGUCUUUCCUCCCCGGCACACGCAUUGUCAAAUACUUGGGAAUCAUCAACAUGUUCUUUAUAAGAGAGACCACAUCACUUCGAGAGGAGGGGGGUGUCAGUGGGUUCCUUCAUUGCUUCAUAGCUGAAGUGUUUGCUAUGGUCCGGGCCCAUGUCGCUGCUCUUGGGGGCAAUGCUGUUGUGUCAUACAGCAUGAAAGAGUGUGUCUUCAUGGAAAACCCCAACAAGAACCAGGCUCAGUGUCUGAUCAACGUUAGUGGGGAUGCUGUCAUCUUCGUCAGGGAAUCCGAACAGGAGGCCACACCCCCUUUGAUGAGCAGCGGACAGAUCAGCAGCACUGGAGCCGACGGGACCACAUGAGACACACAUCAGUCCAGCCAUCCAAAUAAUUUAGUCUGCCUUAAACAAAUGAAAAUUCUUAAGGAUAGGACACCACAAAAUGUACAUGAGAGAAAUAGCCUAUUAUUUGACAAAUAAGGCGCUCCAAAUAAGCCAUUUCUGCCAUAGUUUCCCCCCUGUUUUUCUGAUGGUGAAAUAAUAGAUUAUCCCAUACAUGGUGAAUCUUUAGGCAGCUACAAGACUGACUCCUGUCCAUGCAAACGCAGUAGUAACUAGCUGGCCGUGCCAGACAGGGCGGUCAGUAGUAGACAGGUGGUAGUGUGGACAGUGAACUUAGUACCGGUAGUUGGCCCUCAGAGAGUCUCAUACUCAGAACAGUGUCGGCCACAAGUUUAGACUGACAUGGUUGUGAUGGUCAUGCUAGAAACAACUAAAUUGUAGAUUUAGUUUGUAAUUUAACUUCUUCAGCCUGCACACUGUCUACAUCCUCCCAUUGUGCUCCCGAUUGUUCUUCCUGGAGCCCCCCACGUCUCUGUACUACUGAACCCUACAAUCAUGUAAAUGCUGGAAAACAAAAAGAUUGCAAUGACAUCUUUUUGCUCAUAGUAUAGGUGC